AUGGAUAGUUACCGUUUAGAUGUCAAGAGUGGAAUAAGACAAUUAAAAUUAAAACUUCUAAACUACGAAGCUAUACUCCAAAAGUUAGCAGAAAUGAGAAGACUUUACCAGAGCUACUUACAUGUAAGGGACUUACCUUCAAGCAGUCCGACCAAAGAUGAAUUUGUUGACAUUGUCCCAAUUUUGUCCGAAAGUCAGCUCAGAUGUUUUGAACUGCUCCCAACAUAUCCAGAAUAUGAACGUUUGCCUGAACUCUUCCGCAAUCUCAAAAAACGUUUUUUGGUUCUCAUGUUCGAAACUUUUAUCGGAAGAGACAACAAACGUUCAGAAGAAGAACAAGAUAUUAUUUUAAACUUGUUGUAUGACAUAACUGUCAUAACAAGCUUUUUGAAGUAA